UUUCAUGAGCCCAGGCGUUAAUUAAGGAUGUAUGUAGAAGGUGCAGCGUUUCGAGAAAAAUGCAUUUGAAAAUUUGAAAUGGUGUCCCAACAAUCCAUGUGCACCCAUUGGCUAAACCAAAGGUAAUUUUUUCAAUUCGGGUUUUAAAGUUUUGAAAGCCAGUAAUAGAUUGAAAAAGGAAAAGAAAAAAAAGUAAAGAAGGGUAUAUUUGGAGAUAAGCCCUUCUCCCGGCAUGGUUUUCAAUUAUUAACAGCAGAUGCAAGAGCGCUUACUCAUAAAAUUUUGGACUUUUGCCUUUUCAAAACUAUGAAACUAAGAAAAUAGAGGUUUCGUUUUUCAACCAUGUUUUCUGAUAAGAUAUGGGUAUCAAUCAUUCUCAAAAUCACCAUAUGAAUUUUACUCUGCAGCCUAUAGAAUUAAAUCCAUGAGCUCCAUGAAGACAAUCGUGUAAAUUCCGCUCGUCAAUAUGUCUUAGUUCGAGCAAAUUGUGAUUAUUGUUCAUUUCUUCAUGCUUUCUUUGUGUGUGUUCAAUCCUUGAACACUUUUCCCAGUGAUAUUUAAAAAUAUUUAUUUACUAAUCUAAAAAAAAAUUGUAUGCUCUUCAUUCGUCCAUCCAAAAGCUAUAACCUGUCUCGCUCUCUCUAGUCUUGCAUGAAUCCCUGUUUUCUUCUUUCCCCCAUUUUUCCCUUUUUGUCUCAUUUCAUAAUCUUUUCUCUGUUAAGAAUAUUCCAAUCAAAAUAUAGUGUGCCAUUCAGGAUCUAAAUUUUUGUUAAUCAUUUUUAACUUUAAUUAACAUAUUUUAUUGGUUUGUUUUUUGUUUUUUGUUUUUUUUUUUUCCCCUUGUUUAACCAUGAUAAAAUUUGAUGUACUUUUUUCAUGUAAAACAUGUAGGAGAGUACUCCAAGCACAUUGUCUCAAUACCUUGUCAGAUGGCUGUUUUUAGGGCUGAGUCGGUCUGCCCAAUAUCACUCACUUUUUUUCGUUUUUCUACUCUUAAACAAUGAAAUCUAGUUUUUCCCCCUUCAGUAAAAGGAUCCGUGAAUUUUUUUCAGUCUUUACUAUAAAUUUUAUUGGUACCAAUGUUUUAUUUAUCCUAUUGCAUUUCAUAACGCUUCAAAACUUCUGUGUUUUCCAUCAAUUUUUUUAAAAAAUUACUUCCCUGUUUCUUAAGACUCCGCUCUGAAAACAGUCUCAGUUUAGGAUUUCUGAGAACAUUUACCUUCGUCCUCUUUUUUUCAGUCAGUUUACACAAGAUGUUAAUUUUUAGUAUUUGUGCAAUCACCAAUAAAGCUUUUUGAAUUUGUACUAUAUCUUUAGUAUUACCUCAAACUUAAGACCGUAAUUUUAAGUGCCUGGUUCAAAACCAAACCUAGAAUGUAUAAAUUAGCCUUUUUUGCGGCUCAUCAAAAUUUUGAAAUACAUAUUCUAGUAAUAUGUAAUCAGUGGUUACACUACAAAACCAUGUAUCUCAAUUACAGCGUUUCAAAAAUUUUGUGACCUUUUUUUAAGGAAAGCUAAUCCACAUCAUGGCUGAAAACUUUUUUCGUGCAAUCACAAAAUGUUGAAAGAAAAUAUGGAAAAUUUCAUACCUUAAUGGUACUUUCUUUUCUUUAAAACAGGUGAUAGAAUUUAUGAGAGAUUCAGAAACGCUGCAAUUAAAGCUCAUGGUUUUUAGAGUCAAACCAUCAAUAUGUGUGUGCCUCUAUGAGGGUGAGGGAGAAUCGACUAGGCUCUGAAGGGGGAGGGGUGAGAGCUUGAUUUCACCCCUAUCUUCAAUUGACCCUUGAUCCCUGUCCCUUGAGUCCGAAACUCAAGGAAAGCCAAUCGUGGCCCGGUUGUCUUGGUCAUUGCUCUCCUGAACAUAUCUAUGUCGAGCAUAUUGGAAGGGGCUCUUGAGUAAAUAGAGUUCAAUUGAGACCUGAUAAUUGGCGUCCUGAGUGUAGUAUCAGAUGUGACAAGUCAUCCCAGUUAUCAUGUCGUUCACUGUUUGGAUGGUGUGAUAGUGGCUAAAAGUUUUUCAAUUGUCUCUAUCUAGCUUAGUUGUCAGUUAUAGCUUGAAAUUUGUAUAAUUUCCAUGCAAGGAACUUUUACUUAAUUAUUAUCUCUCGAAACUAUGUAGGCAGUGAUCAAUUUUUUUUAUCUUUUCAAAGCAAAAAGUUUUCAAUUUUCCUACCUGUUGCAUAGUCUUAUUGUUUCAAAAGCUACAUAUUCAUGGUGAUUUCUUCACUUGUCCAUGCUUAACCAUGCUUAUCAAUACUGUGUGAAAAUUAUCCUCAAGUAAAGUUCCAGGUGUUUCCAACUUUAUUUUAAAAAUUCUCUGGACCAUGUUAUAAAUCAAUAAUUGUGAAAAAAAAAAAUUAAAAUCAAGUUAUGAAUAUUAAAUAUGAAGGCUGUACUUCCAUCAUUUUAGAGAUUUACAUGCAGGCUUUGAGGACAAAUGGAGACAAAAAUGACCGACUUCCUCAACUACAGUGUGAAGGAAUUGCAGUGUUCCAUUUGUAAUGAGCUUUUCAUCCAGCCAAGGAUAAUCAACUGUGGACAUAUCAUUUGUCUGUUCUGUCUGAUGGAAUGGAAAAAAGAGCAGAAAAAUUGUCCCCUCUGCCGUUGCUUAAUCACGUCACACUGCAGAUGUCCAACGAUUGAUAAUAUUAUCGAUGGGAUAGUCAGAAGAUUUCCUGAAAGUCAGAAGGAAGAGCGAUUCAAAGCAGUCAGUUCAAGAGAUGAUGUUUCUACAACUCCUACAAUACCUCCAAGCUUAGAUACUGGAAAUCGAUUACACUCAAACCUUCCAGAGAGUAGAAGUGCGAUGGCAUACAUCUAUACAAGUAUUUUUAAUAGGCCAGAAUAUUUGAAUGAUUUUGAAGUAAGCUCUUGACGCAUAGUUCCUGAAUUUCUAAGAAUUGGAUGUAUUUGUGUAUUUGCAACAUUUGAACUGGUCACAAUUGAUUCAAUGAAGAAUUGAGAAAUAUUUUGCCAUCUUAGUUUGUCUUUUUAUAUUAAAAAAGGUACAAAUGAUAGCUUUUGACAAUUUUUUCCUUAGAAUUUCAUGACUCAAAAGCCAUGAACGUACGUGUAGAUUCCUUAAAAUGUUCUGACACAAACUCAUGCCUACAAUUUGGUGUAUUUUUCUCAGUUUUUUUCUUGUAAAGAAUAAAAGACGAAUUAAUUAGGAUUUAAUUCCUCAUUGUUAGAAUGAAGGUUGAGGCACCAUGUUAGAAUGAAGGAUGCGCUU